UAUUCUGUUAUCAUUUAAGGAACUUCAUAUCCUAUUCUUUGAAUGCAUUUUUUUAAAAACUUUUAGUUUAGAUGAUUAAAAAUGUCAGACCACUUUUCAAGGCCAGCAUAACUACUUUCAAUCCAUGGAAGAAGCGCCCAGGUGGACUUGAUUUACAUGGUAGACCGCAGGUAGUUAGUCCUGGCUAUUUUAAGGAUAGAUAUCGCCGAAUGAAUCCUGAUGAUCCUACGCGCUUACUGAAGCCAAGCCAUGUGAUUGUAAAGCGUUGCCCCGCAUGCCAGCGCACAAAGUUUAUUCCGCUAUCUAAAAAGAAUCACUUCUACACUUGCUGCGAGGGUCAAGUAAUGAAGCUCUAUGCUAACAUGAAGACCGUUAUGGAUGCGGAGCACAAACUGAUUGUUGCCACGCGCCAAUGGGAUGUUGAAAACCAGCGGCCGUGGGAUAACUCGCACCGACCUAAGCCAAAGGGUCGUUCAAAACUGAAGAAAUAAAGUCGGACGAGUUUUCUACGAGGAUUAUUGCAAACGCAAAGCUUAUGCGUCAUGUAUUCGCAUAGGGGACGAGAUGAACUGAA